AUGGCAUCCACAAGCGAGGAGGAGCGGCUCAAGGCUGAGAUCGCCAAACUCUCAGGCGCCAUCCACACGCACAAGCAGCACCAACAACAACCAUACCACUCGUAUGCGGCCGGGUAUGCCUCGCGCGGCCGCGGACACUAUGCUGGCGGCGGUAGUUCGUACCGUGGCGCAUACGUUGGAGGAAGAGGCGGAUACCAGCCAUCAGCGAGUUUUGGAAGGGGGAGAGGUCGGGGUGCGCCUGCAGCAGCACCGCAGCGAAAUCGCACGUUGAUCCUGAACGGCUCCAACAAAGCAGCUGCCACAGCUCUGGCGGACGGUUCGGUUGGCAACUCGACUACGUCGCAAGGAGCGCCCUCAUCAAGCUCGAUGAGUGCAGCGGCUUCUUCUGGUAGCAAUCCUGCGUCUGGAUCAAGUACGACCGAUGGCUGGGUCAAGCGCAAAUCGACACACAACAUGAGCCUGGUCAGCACCUCGACGUUUCAGCGUACAGAGCCCGCUCGUCUAGCAGCCAUGGAAGCAACGCGCAAAGCCAAGGAAGAAGCCAAAGCUGCAGCUACCUCAACAGCCGCCGCCGGCAAGAAGGCUAUCAGGAGCAAACCAACCAAACCAUCUGCAUCGGUCCGACGAGGUGACAACAUGGGUGAAGUGGUCAUCGACGGUGUCGUCUUUGAAUUCGAUCCAUCAGGCACCAAGCUCGUCAAGAAGCCCAUUCAACCUUCCUCCUCCGACGUCUCUAAUAUCCCAGCGCCUUCAUCUUCUACCAGCACCGACACAUCCACAGCCGUACCGCUGAAGACCAGCAUCAAUGGUCAAGACUACAUCCGCACCAAACGCGGCAACCUCAUCUCCGCCGACCUACUCGCCAAGCGCAAAUCCCAACGGGAAGCGCAAGCCAAGAUGGGUCGGCUCGACAAGAUGGUCGGGCAAAUUUCGACGAUGCAAGCCACACGCAAUUCGUCGCGCAAGGCAGGGCUCGUGGGGUCGAGAACGCUCGAUGUGAAAAAGGCACGUACUUUGUGUACGUUUUUCAACAAGACCGGACAGUGCAAGCGUGGGCUGUCGUGUCCGUACCUGCACGAUUCGAGCAAGAUCGCCCUGUGUCCGAAGGUGCUGAGACCAACAGGGUGUACACUGCCCAAGGGGACGUGUCCGCUGUCGCACACGGUGAGGGCGGAGAGGGUGCCGCAUUGCGUGCACUACCUGCGGUCCGGCAAGUGUCGCAAUGGCGAAGAGUGUCUAUAUACACAUGCGGAUCUUGAGGAUGGAACCAAGACAGAGAUCUGUCGCGACUUUAGCGAUUACGGCUGGUGCGAGAGGGGGAAGCUUUGCGAGGAGAGACAUACGUACGAGUGUCCGGAUUUCGUGGAGAAGGGCAAGUGCGAGAGGAAAGGCUGCAAGCUGGUGCACGUUAUCCGAGCGGACCAGUCUCAGGAGAGGAGGGAGGAUGGAGAUGAGGGAGGGAUGCAGGAGGGGGAUCUGUUCGUGCGCGACGAUGCCGCUGCGGAGGAAGCGUCCGACGCGGAGGCUGAGGCAAUGCAGAGCGGGACGAAGCGAAAGCGACCGCUGAUGCAGACCGAGCUGGAUGAUGACCAAAUUGUGCUACCGGACGACGAGGACGAUGGGGUGGAGGAGGAUGAGCAGGUCAACUUUGCCAACGUGGGCGAGAGUCGCAGCGCAAAGCGUCGGAAGGCAAAGGCGUUCACCCAGCAGAAGGAUUUCAUCUCUUUCGAUGACGAUCAAGACGGCGAGGACCAGGAUGAGGAGGACGAGAGCGAGAACAGCGAGGAAGAGGAAGAGGACGAGGACGAGGACGAGAUGGAAGAGGCAGGAAGCGUACACAGUGAGGAUUUCGAAUUGAGCGACGAUGAUGACGAGGAUGAGGACGACGACGAGGAUGAUCGUGUCGCAGAAAGCAAGACAUCCACCGACGAACCGAUCGCUGCUCAAGCUGACGAUGACAAUGACGACGAUUUGGUCGACAGAGAUCUUUGA